CACUGUUGCUAAACACAUCCAAUGUUGAAUGCUGCAUUAUUAUGCAAAAACGGUAAUCUAACCACCUUGCUCGAAAACUGCAAAUCAUUCCGCCACUUCAAACAACUGCAUUCCAUAAUAAUCACAUCUGGGAUUCCUGAACACAUAUUCACAUCAACAUUCCUCUCAUUUGCAGCCACUUCACCCAACAACAUAGACUAUGCAUACACCAUUUUUCUCGAGCUCCCUAACCCAACUAUCUUCAACUAUAACACCAUCAUUAGAGGUUACUCCAAAAGCAAAAAUCCCAACAAAUCAGUUUCAGUUUUCAUUCAUAUGUUGCGGGUUGGUGUAGCCCCAGAUCACUUAACUUAUCCGUUUUUAACGAAGGCUGCGUCCCAUUUACAGGAAGUCCGGCUUGGGUUAUCGGUUCACGGGCGGGUUGUGAGGGAUGGGUUUGAGGCGGAUAGGUUUGUUAAGAACUCUUUGAUUCAUUUCGCGGGGUCGUUUAAGGACGCGGUGUAUGCACGCAAGUUGUUCGAUGAAAUGCCGAACAGAAACUUGGUUUCGUGGAAUUCGAUUUUGGAUUGUUAUGUUAAGUGUAGGGAAGUGGUGUUGGCAAGGGAAGUGUUUGAUGCGAUGCCGGAGCGGGAUGUCGUGUCAUGGAGCUCUAUGAUUGAUGGGUAUGUCAAGGGUGGUGAGUAUUAUGAAGCGCUAGAUGUUUUUCAAAAGAUGUGUGGAUCGGGUGUUGAUGCGAAUGAGGUGACGAUGGUGAGUGUGUUGGGUGCGUGUGCUCAUUUAGGCGCGCUUGAGCAAGGGAUCAUGAUGCAUCAAUACAUUACCGACAAAAGAAUAACGUUAACUUUGGUGUUACGAACUUCACUUGUGGAUAUGUAUGCUAAAUCUGGAGCGAUAGAUAAGGCGCUAACGGUGUUUCGUGGGGCUUCAAUGAAGCAAACGGAUGUUUUAAUUUGGAAUGCAAUGAUCGGUGGGCUUGCUACACAUGGGUUCGUUCACGAAUCGCUUAGUAUGUUUACAGAAAUGCAGAAUGUCGGUAUUACCCCUGACGAAAUCACAUACUUAUGCAUACUAUGUGCUUGUGCUCAUGGGGGUUUAGUAAAUGAAGCUUGGUACUAUUUCAACUGCCUUACUCGGAACGGUAUGAACCCAAAAACCGAACAUUAUGCUUGCAUGAUCGAUGCAUUAGCACGAGCAGGACAACUCACAGAAGCAUAUACAUUUUUAACUCAAAUGCCUAUGGAACCAACGGCUUCCAUGUUAGGAGCACUUUUCAACGGCUGCAUCAACCAUAGGAAUCUCGAUCUUGCCGAAUUAGUGGGAAGGAAGCUUCUUGAAUUAGAGCCUGAUCACGAUGGGAGAUACGUCGGUUUAUCAAACGUUUAUGCGGUGAUUAAGCGGUGGGAUCAAGCCAGAACAUUAAGAGAGGCAAUGGAGAAGAGGGGUGUGAAGAAAUCGCCAGGAUGGAGUUUCGUGGAGAUUCUCGGAUCGACUCAUAAGUUCAUCGCUCAUGAUAAAACACACCCUCAAUCCGAACAAAUAUACGACAUAAUGAAUUUUAUUGCGAAACAGUUGACUGAAGCAGAUAUCGAAGAUACUGAAAUGUCACAACAUGAUUGCAUUUUUAAUAUUGUAGAUGUGUAAUCGGACAUUUUUUUGCAAUAAA